AUGGAGGCGCUCAUACCCAUUAUCAACAAACUGCAGGACGUGUUCAACACGAUCGGCACCGACGCCAUACUACUGCCCCAGAUCGUGGUGGUGGGCACCCAGUCGUCCGGCAAGUCGUCGGUAUUGGAGUCCAUUGUGGGCAAGGAUUUCCUGCCCCGAGGGGCCGGAACGCUAGAUCUGGAGGAAUGGGCGAAGUUCUUGCACACGAAGAACAAGAUCUACACCUCGUUUGAUGACAUCCGACGGGAGAUCGAGGCCGAGACGGAGCGCAUGGGCGGCAACAACAAAGGCAUUUGCCCGGAACCCAUAAACCUCAAGAUAUUCUCGGACAAGGUGGUCAACCUGACCCUGGUGGACCUGCCGGGCAUCACCAAAGUCCCGGUGGGUGACCAGCCCGAGGACAUCGAGGUUCAGAUUCGUAAUCUGAUCCUGAAGUACAUAUCGAACCCGAACUCUAUUAUACUGGCCGUCACGCCGGCCAACACCGACUUCGCCACCAGUGAGUCGCUAAAACUAUCCAAAGAUGUCGAUCCGGACGGUCGACGCACGUUAGCCGUGAUCACAAAGUUGGAUCUGAUGGACGCGGGCACCGACGCCAUAGACGUACUGUGCGGUCGAGUCAUACCCGUCAAGCUGGGCAUCAUAGGUGUGGUGAACCGCUCGCAACAGGACAUCAUCAAUAAGAAGUGCAUCGACGAGUCGCUCCGGGAUGAGCUGCUGUACCUGCAGCGCAAGUACCCCUCCCUGGCCACCCGGAACGGUAGUCCCUAUUUGGCUAAAACACUCAAUCGGCUACUGAUGCACCACAUCCGCGACUGCCUCCCGGAGCUCAAGACACGGGUGAAUGUAAUGAUCUCGCAGUUCCAGUCGCUGCUGAACUCGUAUGGUGUGGCCGUUGAUGAUCAGGGACAGACACUGUUGCAGAUCAUCACGAAGUUCGCGUCGAGCUAUUGCUCGACCAUCGAGGGAACGGCACGUAAUAUCGAGACUACGGAACUGUGCGGAGGCGCCCGUAUAUGCUAUAUAUUUCACGAGACGUUCGGCCGUACGCUGGACUCCAUACACCCGUUGGGAGGCCUCACCACUCUCGACAUACUGACCGCCAUCAGGAACGCCACGGGUCCCCGACCGGCCCUUUUCGUGCCGGAAGUGUCGUUUGAGUUACUCGUGAAACGCCAGAUCCGGCGCCUGGAGGAGCCCAGCCUCAGGUGCGUGGAGUUAGUGCACGAGGAGAUGCAGAGGAUUAUACAGCACUGCGGUCUGGAAGUGCAGCUAACGGUGCCAUUCAUACUCCCCUCCCCUCCCGUUCACCCCAUACAGCAAGAGAUGCUACGGUUCCCCAAACUGCACGAGCGGAUCAUGGAUGUGGUGACGCAACUGCUGCGGCGGCGCCUACCGCCCACCAACUCGAUGGUCGAGCACCUGGUCUACAUCGAGUUGGCCUACAUUAACACAAAGCACCCGGACUUUCACGACGCGCAGCUCGUGGGUCAGCUCAUCAAGAACUCGGAGGAAAGGGGUCUGAAGGGGACGACGGCCGCUGUGCAGCGGCUCCGUGACCCGUCGCCGGCCGACUCCGAGCACCAGAAGUACCCGCAGAGCAGAGGUCAGCCCUCGCAGCAGCAGAGCGUAGGCGGCGCCGAGGGUAAGGGCGAUGGCGGCGGACAGAGCGCCGGCUUUUUCGCCAAUUUUCGUGGAAAAGACCCGCAAAACAGAGGGAAUAGUACGGCGGCUACCGGUGCCGUCAGUAAUAAUGGUAAUAACGGCGACUCAGCGGACAGUGGCUUAGAUGAGGGCACCGGCGAUAUGGCGGCCAUGGGGUUGACCCCAUCGCGGGUUCAGUCUCCGAUGAAACCCGUGAACCUGUUGCCCGAAGUGCCGACAAACACGACGACCCGGAAGCUGUCGGCCCGCGAGCAGCGCGACUGCGAUGUGAUCGAGCGGCUCAUACGGUCCUACUUCCUGAUCAUCCGGAAGUCCAUACAGGACUCGGUGCCCAAAGCCAUAAUGCAUUUCCUCGUGAACUUCGUGAAGGAUAACCUCCAGUCAGAGCUCGUCACUCACCUCUACAAACACGACCAGUUCGGCGACCUGUUGGCCGAGUCCGAGCACAUUGCCGUCCGGCGCCGGGAGGCCUCCGAGAUGUUGAAGGCUUUACAAAAAGCGAAUCAAAUAAUCGGCGAAAUAAGGGAGACUCACAUCUGGUGAGCCGUUUGGCAUACCGUUCCCCACCCACUCCCACACCCCCUCUCAUUAAAUAGUUAACUCGCGUACGGAUGGAGUCGUACGUCCGGUCACACCAUAUAUAUAAUGACCGCACCGUUAGUUUAUAUUUUAUUAUUUGAUUGUAAUUUCAAUUUUAAUGAUAUUUUUUGCGUUAAACUUAUUGAACGUAUGAAUGAAAUGAAUGCAUAAAUAAAAGUGAAAAUAAAAUGUAGUUUUAAAUUAUA